AGGGAUUCAUUUUCAGUUGGUAUAUAAAGUAGAUACUUUACCAUAAGCAGAUAAAUAUUUGUAAAUAGUACAAAUGGCAUACACAUCUUAUUCAAAUUAGCAAGUUCGGUAGUAUAUUGAAACAGCUUAGAAUGAAAGGCAUAUUGGUGACUUUUAUCAUCAUUCAUGUCAUUCUAGUUGACACACUUUUGUCCUUAUCCGAAUCAGACUCCUGCGAUGGAGAACACUGUAGUGAAGUUAUAUCUAUGCCAAUAAUAGACGACAUGAGAGCAACUUUGAAAGCCGACUUGGAUGUAUCUAAAAUGAAUAAGCAUUUAAAGGCAUACAUACAACAGGAGAUUGAAAAAGGUGUGAAGACAGCAAUGGAAAAUCUGAUGAAACACAUGAUAGAAAACAGUACUGAUAAAAUGAAUGCAGAAAUAACAACCAAGUUUAAGGAGGUGGAAGAAAGACAAUCCUUAAAAACAGAUGAGACGGAACAGCUCAUAAAAAACAAAACAGAAAAGAUGAAAACAGAAAUUAGGACACUGUAUGAAAAGAUGAAAACAGAAACUAUGACAAUGUUUGAAAAGACUAAUACAGAAAUAACAGUCAAGUCUAUAGAGGUGGGAAAAAGACAAACAACAAAAACAUAUCAGAUGGAACAAAUAAUAAAAAACAAAACUGAAGAAAUAUUGACAUUUUUUAAAGACAAUGAGGAAAUACAAGCAAUAAAAACAGACAAGAUGGAGCAGCUCAUGAAAAACAAAACUGAAGAAAUGUUGACAUUAUUUAAAGAUAAUAACAAGAAAAUUGAGACACGCUUUAAUAUAAAAAUUGAAGAAUUCGAGCAGAAAUUUGAAGUUAAGGAUAGAUUUAAACAUGCAUUUUUCUCACAUUUGUCUUCUGACAAGAGGAAUUUUAAUCAGGACACAAUACUUGUAUUUGAUGUUGUACCACUUAACAUUGGCAGCACUUACAAUGGAACAACCGGAAAGUUUACAUGUAAAGAAGAUGGAAUAUAUACAUUCUCCUGGGCAACAAAUGAAGGUUUCACUAGUGCUCUUGUAGUUGAUGGAAAACCUAUAGCUAGUAAUAUUAAUGCAGUACACACUACAUUCUUUGGUGAUUACUAUGUGACUGGAUCUAUUAGUGUAAUUGUCGAUAUGACUAAAGGACAAGAAUCCUGGAUAAAUAUUGAACAACUUGGGGAUUAUUUAACUGAAUCAUGGUCAGAAAAUACAACCUCUUCAGUGUUCUCGGGAUUUAGAAUCUAACUGCUUCUUGAUACUUGUAGUACGAUAAAUAUUGAGUGUGACAAGGUUUCACUAUUAAAUUGUCUUUACUUU